AUGAAAACUCUCUUGGUGGCUGCUGCUCUUGCGGCCGGCUCUUGUACAGCCUCAACCCUUUACACCGCCUCGUAUGCAGGCUUGGUUUCGUCUCUGUCGCUCUCUUCGUCUGGCGAUGGGGCCGCUCACUUGUCUCUCAUCUCGAAUACCUCUGAUUGUGGUCCGAGCCCUUCAUGGUUGAUGCUGGAUGGCGCUCAUGGUAUUCUCUACUGUUUGGAUGAAGCGAUCAAUGCCCCCAAUGGGAGUAUCACCAGUUUCAAGACUCAUCCUAAUGGGACCUUGACUACCAUCGAGCAUCUCAAGACUCUGACUGGCCCCGUCCAGUCGGUUCUAUACAAUGCGUCGGGGGUUUCGGAUCGUCAGUUCAUGGCGGUUGCUCACUAUGAUGCAUCGACCAUCACCACGUACUCUGUAGACCCAAUCCAUGGCCUGUUCAACCGAUCGCAGACCUUUACUUAUAACAUGACUGCUCCGGGUCCCAACGCGUCUCGCCAGGAUGCCCCUCAUCCUCAUGGUGUUGUCGUUGACCCCACGGGCCGCUUCGUGCUUUCUCCGGAUCUGGGUGCAGACUUUGUUCGUAUCUUUGCCGUCGACCAGGCUACUGGUUUGCUGCAGCCGCAGGAGCCUCUGAAGAUUAGCCCGGGCUCUGGUCCUCGUCAUGCCGUGUUUUGGACCCCCAAGGAGAAGAGGGCUCAGCAAGUGUACAUGUACUUGGUGUCGGAGCUGGCCAACACCCUGAGUGCUUUCAAGGUCACCUAUACGUCAACGGGUAUUUCGUUUACCAAGGUAUAUGAGGAAAGCACCUAUGGCGGCGACAAGAGUGGUCCGGACGGAUCCAAGGUUGCUGAGAUUGCGAUUUCUCCUGAAAACAACCAUAUCGUGACUACCAACCGCCUGGACAAUACCUUUGGCAAGAACAAUGACUCGUUUGCCAUCUUCUCCUGUGCCGAUGCCACUGGAAACAAGUUCACCAAGCCAGCCUUCCUAGGCUUGAAUCCAACCUAUGGUUCCAACCCCCGGCAGUUUGAGAUCAAUGGCCAGCGAACUCUAGUUGCGGUCGCGAUGCAGGAUACCAAGGAGGUUGUAGUGACAAAGUGGGAUGCGAAGAAGGGCGCACCGGGUGCUUUGGUGGCCUCCAAGAAGAUGGAGGGUGAGAUUCCAGCCGCGAUCUGGGGUUAA